UGGGUCGCUGAAGUCGUAAGCGGCCUUGAAAAUGAAAACACGAGAAAGAAAACUCGGUAUCUGAUAUAGUUGGAUUUGGAAAGUUUGUUUUAUGCAUACAGAUUAGAAAAUCUCAUUGCCACAAUAAUUGGAUCUAGGGUUGCAGGGUCUAACUUUCAUUGAUAGAUUUGAAAGACACUACAUAUAAUCAUGUCAUUUUCAAUCAACUUACCGCCCUCGGUGAUGGCCAAAAAGGCCAAAUCGGAGGAGCAGGAUGAACCCAAAAAGAAGUCGCGCGAGGACUGGAGGAAGCAGAAAGAGUUGGAGGAGAUGAGAAAAGCUGGAACAGCUCCCGCGAUGACGGAUGAGGAGGGAAAAGAAAUCAACCCCCAUAUUCCUCAGUAUAUCAUGCAGGCACCGUGGUACUACCAAGCUACGCAGGCCACACUUAAACAUCAGAGAAUACAAGAGGACAAAAUGAAAAAUUAUGAUGACAGAAAUACAUGGUACAAAAAAGGUCUCAAGGAGGGUCCAGUUGUAACAAAAUUUAGAAAAGGAGCUUGUGAAAACUGUGGAGCAAUGACUCAUAAGAAAAAGGACUGCUUAGAGAGACCAAGGAGGAUUGGAGCGAAAUUCACAGGAGACAAUAUAGCCCCUGAUGAGUACAUUACUCCGACCCUUAACUUUGAUUACGAGGGUAAGCGUGAUCACGCGGCAGGUGUGGACGUGGAGGAUCACCAGAGAAAAGUACGGGAGGAAUACGGCCGGCUGGAAGAGGCAAAGAGAAUGCUUAAAGAAGCAAAUUUUUUGGAAGGAAAAGAAUCUGCUGAAACAUCUCAAGGUGACAGUGAGGAUGAGGAUAAAUAUGCAGAUGAUGUGGACAUGCCUGGUCAGAAGUUUGAGACCAAACAGAGAAUCACAGUCAGGAAUCUCAGAAUCAGAGAAGACACGGCUAAAUAUUUGUACAAUCUUGAUCCAAACUCAGCCUUUUAUGAUCCCAAAACUCGAUCUAUGAGGGAGAAUCCAUACAAAAACACUGGAAACAUUGAGAUGGAGCAAAAGUAUGCAGGAGACAACUUUGUUAGGUUCUCUGGAGAUGCACAUGAAUUUGCCAGAAAGCAAGUGUUUGCCUGGGAAGCCUAUGAACAUGGAACUGAUAUUCACCUACAGGCUGAUCCCACCAAAUUAGAACUGCUGACUAAGGAAGUGCAGAAAAGGAAAGAAGACGUCAAAUCCAGUGCCAAGGAGAGCAUCCUGGACAGAUACGGAGGGGAGGAGCAUUUACAAGCCCCUCCCAAACAGCUGCUAAUGGCUCAAACAGAGGAUUAUGUGGAAUAUUCUCGACAUGGUUCAAUAAUUAAAGGAAAUGAAAAACCAGUGGUCCGAUCAAAGUAUGAAGAAGAUGUCUACAUAAAUAAUCACACAUCUGUUUGGGGUUCAUUCUGGAAAGACGGUAGGUGGGGCUACAAGUGUUGUCAGAGCUUCAUAAAGGAGUCCUACUGCACGGGGGCAGCAGGGAUCGAGGCCUCCAACACAGAUAUUAUCCCUGCCAUUAGGAAUGGAGAGGGGGAGAGCGAGGAAGAGGAGGAGGAAGCUCCAAAAUCACUGCUACAGCAACAUCAGGAAAAAUUAUUAUCAAAAGAAAAGAAAAAGAAGAAGAAAAAGAAGAAUAAAAGGAAACAAAAAAAGAAAAGCAAAAGUAGCAGCAGUAGCGAGUCUGAAUCAGAAGAUGAGGAGAAGGAACGGGAAAGAAAACUUAAAGAGGCUUUGAAGAGAGAAGAAGAGCAGCAGAAGAAAGCAGACCAGCUUCUAUCCCUGGACGAGAGGAAGCGGCCAUACAACAGUAUGUAUACUAACGUAGCCCCUAGUGAGGAGGAGAUGGAGGCCUGGAGGAUGAAGCAGAGAAGAACGGAGGAUCCCAUGUCACAUUUCUCAUAGCCCAGGGGACAGAGGGGCACUUCUUACAUAGCUGAGAAGACCAAGGAAAGUUAUGUUGCUGAGGGCCCCUGCCACAUUUCAUAUAAACAAAAAGGCCUCAACCUGUCUUCAGCAUGUUUUAGUGUUUAAAUGUUCAGAUUCCUAACAGUCUUUUACUUCCAUCUAGUUUUAAGCUGCAAGUGCUUCUUCUCUCAUAGCAGAGGAGACGAUAUUGUAAACUAUGAAAUGUUCCAUUUGAAAUGAUUAUGGAAGAUUUGUCUGGGUUCAAUUAUUUGUAAACUGUGAUAAUUUUUCUUCAAACGGUCAGAUGAGGUUAUUAUUUGUACAUGCAUUAUUGUUAAAUUCCUUAAAACAAGAGAUGAAUUUUAAUUUGUGAAGUGUUUGUUGUGCAAUACAGCUACAUUGUACUACGUACUACACUGUUCCUAUUCUAUUUAGGUUUCAAUUACAUAUAUUUUGAAAGCCUCUGCAUGACAAUUAAUAGCCAAUAUCAUUAGGAGAUACAGGUACUGAUUCUUACAAGUACAUGUACAUAAUAAAUAUAUGCAAAUCUAAGAAAAA